AAUUCUUGUUCGAAAUUUGGUUUAUAUGCUAUUGUUAUCGGCAAUUCCAGUUUUUUGUAAUUAUUACUUAGCUUAUGUGUUAUUAGAUUCUGGUUUAUGGAAUUUAUCAGAAAUUUCAGGUUUAUGUGUUAUUGUUAAUGGUGAUGGUGAAUUUUUUUUGAAUUAGCAAUUCUGGUUCAUGCGCUUUUGGUAUACUAUUGUCUAAUGGUGCAAAUCAAUAUCAAGGACUAUGAAGGUAGCAAUUUGGUGUUAUUGACUUAAUGGUGUCAAAUUGGUGUCGUGACCUAUCACCAAUCUCUAAUUAAAUUCCUUAUUGAAUUCCCUUCCAAGCAUUCUUGGAACCAUACAUACAUUAUCAUCUAAACUAGUUAUUAUAGCUAGACUCACUUAUCAAAGAGUUAAAAGUUAAAACACCAAGUACAAGAAUUGACAUUUAAUAUCCAGUGAACAAUUUAUCAAAGAAAUCCUUUUAUGGAUCCUUAUAUAUGAAUGCUCUAAACUGCUAACUGAGUGCAUAAGUUGAAGAAGAUAGGACCAGAGGCAAUAUCGUUUUUGCUAGUUGCUACCAUGUCUACCACUCGAGUUGAGAAACAAGUGUCAUUGAAACUUGUGGUUAAAAAAGAGACUAACAAAGUCUUAUUUGCCGAGGCUGGGAACGACUUUGUGGAUGUUCUCUGCAGCUUCUUAACAUUUCCUUUAGGUAUUGUGGAGGGGCUUGUGGUAUUAUAGCCUGUGCAAGUCUCAUGCGACGUUUAGGCAUAUGUAGCUGCUCCGAAAGAAUAACCCAAUAGAAGAGUUGAAAAGCACACUUCUUUAGUUGGCGUGGUUAGUUAUUAUGUGCAAGUACACAGAGACAAUUGGUCAAAUCAAAUUCCAGGUGUAGUAGUACUCGUAAAUAUAAAGAUGGCAUGAACCUAAAAGAUGUUUUCCCUUCCCACGCAUUCUUGGAACCAUAAUAGUACAUGCAUAAUUCUAAUAGGAGUAGUUAUUAAUUCAAACACCAAAUUCAAGAAUUGAAAUUUAAUAGUCAGUGAACAAAUUAACUUACCGCGUGGGAAUAAAGUGAACCUGCCCUUUAUGCAUCCUUAUAUAUGGGUGCUCAAAACGAUUAAAUGAAUCCAAAGAAGAAGAUAGGAACAGCAAGCGAGUGUUUUUUUUUGCUAUAGUAGCUACCAUCAUGUCUGCCGCUCAAGAUGAGGAACAAGUAUCAUUGAAACUUGUGAUUAACAAAGAGACUAACAAAGUCUUAUUUGCUGAGGCAGAGAAGGACUUUGUGGAUGUUCUCUGCAGCUUCUUAACACUUCCAUUAGGGACCAUUGCAAGACUUGUGGGGCAGUCAACCAAUAUUGGUUGUCUAAACUCACUCUAUCAAAGUGUGGCUAAUCUUGAGGUGAAGCAUUUAUCCACAGCUACAUGCAAAGAAAUGCUAUUGCGGCCAAGGAACACAUCGGAAGAUUUCUGUAGAACCUUGAAACUUAACAUUGAUGACACUGAGCCCACAAAGUACUUCAUGUUUCGCAGCUUUUUCUGUCGUUUGGAUGACUGCGAGUCUUGUUAUUGCUUGAGCACUUUCAAAAGUAUAAGAUGCCCAUGUGGGAAACUUUUGCACCGUUCAGUUUUACUGAAAAGUUCCAAUGUCAACUGUGAUGGAUUUGUUCAGCGUGGUGCCACUUUUAUCAUCACUGAUGAUCUCAUAAUCAGGCCAAACUCAAUGGAAACAAGCUUUGGUGUGAUCCAGAAUUUUGAAAUUAAAAACACAAGUUCAGUCAAGCAAAUUACUGUCAAUGUCACUAAGGAAAAGGUUUUGCUCUGCAGUUGAUCUAUCUUGGUUGAUGAUUUGUUCCUUCAUAUGCAUAUUUUGCUCUGUAAUUGUGCUAUUUCAAUUAUUUUUUUGAUAGUUUUUUCUUCUAUGUAGUUGCUGGAUCUGCUUAAGUGUUCUCUCUUCUCCAAGUCAGCUCUGUCAGAUUUGUUCUUAGAAACGAAACCAUUCCUCCAACCAGAAAGGCUUUCAGCUUGUUGUUUUGUAAACAAUAGUAAUAAUAAUAAUACUAAUGGUUUCCAAAUUAAGGUGAAACUAUUUAUGAGGAAAUCAGAUGGCAAGAUAGUGUUUGCUCAAGGAGAAGAAGAUUUUGCAGACUUUGUUUUUAGUUUUCUCACCUUCCCUUUGGGCGGCGUUGUGCGAAAGUUUAGGGGUUAUUCUUCUCUGGGAAGCAUUGAUGGAUUGUACAAGAGCAUGAAUGAUUUAAAUGGAUGCAAAUAUUUUACGUCAGAUGAUAUAAAGAAUCGGCUUGUUGAUCCUUUCAUUGCCUCUCAGUUCAAAUUAAGCAAGCAGAUAUUACCAAUCAAGGAACCGCCACUUUUACAAUAUUAUUAUCAUAAUGUUUAUGAUGAUUUAAUAACUGCAUCCAGUGAAAAUCAAGCUUUAAAUAGAGAUCGUUGUCAUUUAGUUGAUCCCAAAUCAUCUACGGGAAGUAAUGGAGGUGGCUAUGUGAAGGGACCAGCUGUGUUCAUGGCUACAGAUGACUUGGUUGUAUUACCAAUGACUCCAAGCUCAGCUUUGUCUUUACUUGAUAGUUUGCAAACUCCUCCUACUGAGCUUAAGGAGAAAAUUGUCACCAUUGGCUUCAAUGAGGGUUGCAGCAUAUUGAAAGCAGCUUUGACCUCAAAAUCAGCUCUAACAAAUGGUCUCCGCCAUUUGAUAACUCAAGUUAAAGAGGAGAAAUGUGCGUACACAUUGCUAGGUGUGUGUUAAAGAUUGUGGCUUCAAGUUAAACUUGUAAUGGGCCACAAUACUAGAUCCUACUAUUGUGUUCUGGUUGUUGUUCUUUUUGUACCGCCAUUCAAGCUCUUUAAACUUUGGUUAUUACUAGUUCUGAAUUUUGAAUGGAAAGACAUGUCUUCUAAUUUAUCUGCAAGAGUUU